AUGAAGAACUCAAAUUUUGUCAUUCUUUCUUUUUAUUGUCUCAUACUUCUGUCUAAGCCAUUUUUCUCUCUCUCAGCCACAGAAAGGUGCAAUCCAGAUGACAAAAAAGUCCUCUUACAAAUCAAACAAGCCCUAAACAACCCUUAUCAAUUGGCCUCAUGGAAUCCCAACACAGAUUGUUGUGAUUGGUACGUUGUUGAUUGUGACCCCAAUAACAACCGGAUUGUUACAUUCAAUCUCUUCUCCGCCAACAUAUCUGGCCAAAUUCCUGCUGCCAUCGGAGACCUCCCUUAUCUCGAAACUUUGGUAUUCCGAAAACUUACCAACGUAACCGGCCAAAUUCCGUCAGCUGUCGCUAAUCUAACCAAUCUCAAAUUGCUUAGACUUAGUUAUACGAACCUAUCCGGUCCGGUCCCUACAUUCUUUACUCAACUCAAGAACUUAACCUUUCUAGACUUAUCAUUCAAUGACCUAACCGGUUCAAUCCCGGUUGAACUGUCCCUACUCCAAAACCUCGACGCCCUUCACUUAGACCGGAACAGACUCACUGGAACCAUCCCAGAAUCCUUCGGAAAUCUCACUGGAAAAGUACCUGAUCUCUAUCUCUCCCACAACAACCUCACAGGUUCAGUCCCAAAAUCUUUAGGUGACUUGAACUUCACUGUGCUCGACUUUUCGCAAAAUAAUCUUAUAGGUGACAUCUCAUUCUUGUUUGGCAGAAACAAGACUAUACAAAUAGUAAAUUUCUCGAGGAACAUGUUCGAGUUCAAUCUGUCGAAUGUGCAGUUUCCCGACAGCUUAACAUCAUUGGAUUUGAAUCACAAUAUGAUUAGUGGGAGUCUGCCACAGGAUCUGACAAAAUUGAAUUUGCAGUUCUUGAAUGUUAGUUAUAACAGGUUAUGUGGUCAGAUUCCUGCUGGUGGGAAAUUGCAAAGCUUUGAUGUUAGUUCUUAUUUCCACAACAAAUGCCUGUGUGGAGCUCCAUUGCCUGCCUGCAAUUAA